AUGGUUGAUGGAGAUGCAAAUCCUGAUUUUUUGAAGGGACAUUGUUUCCACGGAGUUGAUGGUCCGGCUGGUCCCAAUUGGGCUUAUGUCGACCUCGCUGGUGAAUAUUAUGUAGAUAUUGUUAAUGUGUUUUCAAGAAAUAUUGAGAAUGAACGUUUGCAUUAUUUCCUGAUCGGUCUGACGGAUGCCUCACCUGGAUCAAGUGUCGUCAGAGGAAGUUAUCACCUCUGUGGUCAGUACAAGGAUGACAUAACUGACGCUGGCAGGAACUCAGUCAAAUGCAGCGCCAAUCUCCUCUCAUACAGAUACGUUAUCAUCCAGCAACCAGUAGAUGGCGUUGGCUUUUUAACGGUUUGCGAGUUAGAAGUGUACGGAGCGAAAAACUUGAAUUCUAAGAUAUGGAAGCGUUACAGGGACUACAAGUUGACUGGUUACACUUCCCGUUUGAUCACCGCCGUCAGUUGUGUGAUGAAAUGUUUCUUCAUGUGCCUUCCUGGCCUCUGCCAUUCAAUCAAUUUUCAACCAGAGAGCUCAACUUACGAAUUGAACCAUCAUCUGUUCGGGUAUAAUCUAAUCAAUUUAAACGUCAGUCAAAGCUGGAGUUUCUACGAAGUUUCGUAUGCUUAA